AUGAGACUUGAGGAUGGUGAUGACGAUGACGGAGAAGAAGAUGACGAGGAGGAAGAAAUUACCCGGUGUCUCUGUGGACAACAGGAGUACCCGGGUCUGCCUCCUUCUCGACGUGAUUUAAGUCGGCGCAAUGGUUUGCGAGCCGGCAUAAAAGAUGAGACAUUCAAUCUCGCCGCGGACGCAUCAGACCUGUUGCCAGACGAGAUCGGGAGCAUGUUCAUCCAAUGUGAUUCGUGCAAAGUCUGGCAGCAUGGUGGCUGUGUGGGGAUCAUGGACGAGGCUAUGAGCCCCGAUGAGUACUUUUGCGAAGAGUGUCGCAAGGACCUCCAUAAAAUCAUCAGCGAAACAAAUGGAUCAUAUUCGUCCCAAUAUCUUCCUGUCGCUCCUCCCCCUUCCACUGCUCCAUCGUCACGAGAGUCGUCGCGGGAAACAUCGAGACGCGCCAAGGAACCAAAACCACGACACAAUGAUCCUACCAAUCCUAAGAGGCGAUCAACGAUGAAUAGCCGUGAUGCGGCUUAUGACGAAGAAGAGCAGCUGCGACGGGCCAUCGAAGAGAGCAAGGAAGAUAACAAACCAGCUGGUGAUGAUAUUGCGGCCCGGAGGCCCAAGAGAAGUCGCAGUGACAGUGAAGCGCAAAAACAAACGACUAAGCGACAGCGCACGAGCUCUCCCUCUCCGGGCGCCGUUUCGAAAAGUAACCCUGCAUCUCAGCCGGUCUCGGAGGAUGAGUCGAAGAAACCUGCCACCAAUGGCGUCCGACGGCAGAGAGCUGCUUCACGCAGCCAGCGUGAUAAGGAAACCAAAGAACCCGAAGAACCUGAGACGGAGCAGCCAGAGGUUGCAACUCGUCGGAAAAGCCGAUCGGAGCGACAGAAGGGUGAUGACGCUGAGUCCGACCUUGAGACAGGAUCCCCAAUCAAGCCUAAUGCGAGCGAACCCGAGCCGAAGCAACCCAGUCCGGAGGAGACGCCUGCCCCUGCCCCCGAAGCUGCACCUUCGCGUCCGUCCACUCGCAAAUCCGGCCGUCCGCCUGCACGGCGUGGCGGUCGCAUCGGACGGAAUCAAUAUACUCGCGAUCGUGACACCAACGGCACCGACUCAACAACACGGUCGCCGCGGCGUGGACAAUCGCAUGACCUUGGAGGGGAUUCGCCGCGUGUGGGUGUCAACGGGACACACAUCAACAGCAGUGAAUCGGGCAAGCCCAGCCGGCCCCGCUACGUGAACCAACGAACCACCAUGAACGAGAUGAAGCGACGGGUGACGGCGAUCUUGGAGUUCAUUUCACGCAUGCAGGUGGAGAUGGCUGUAGCAGGGGAGAGCACCACCCCGCCGGGUAACGAUGACCGGCCGAACGGGGUCAGCCGACUUCUGAGCGAGAGUCAACUCCUCUCCAGUGCUAUAGAGAGCGCUGGCCUGGAGGGCGGUUCAGUGGCGCAACCCGCCGCAGAGAAGGAUUUCAAGGACCUCAGCAGCGUGGAGAUGAUGGAUGUGUUGACUCGUCAUCUCUUGAAGUGGCAGCAGGAGUAUGGCAAAUUUGGGGAACGGUGA